AUCAUAUUGCAAGUCUGUGUUUGGAAUCAGCCUUGACAGUGGUCGUCCCUUUUGUUAAGAGUGACUGUGGAUGAGCUAUGAAAGCUCAGUGAACCCAGCUUCGUCCCCUGUAAAUGAGAUACAUAGUAGAGUUUCAGCGAGGAUUAGACAUGAGUGGUGCAGUGAUUCAAUACACAGAGCUGCUGCCAUGUCCCACGAACCUCUUAGCUGCCUGACUGAAAAGGGGGACAGCCCCAGUGAAACCACUGGGAAUGGCCCCCCACAUCUGGCUCACCCAAACCUGGGCACAUUUACCCCAGAGGAGCUGCUGCAGCAAAUGAAAGAGCUCCUGAUUGAGAACCAUCAGCUGAAAGAAGCCAUGAAGCUGAAUAACCAAGCUAUGAAAGGGCGGUUUCAGGAGCUUUCAGCCUGGACAGAGAAACAGAAGGAGGAACCUUUUUUUGAGACCCAGAGCAAAGAAGCCAAAGAGCGCCUAAUGGCUCUGAGCCAUGAAAAUGAAAAAUUGAAAGAAGAACUUGGAAAACUAAAAUGGAAAACAGAAAGAUCAUUUGAGGACCCCGCUGAGGACCCACAGGUCCCCAAGGCAGAAGCAGAACAGGAAAUGGAACAGCUGAAGACCCAAGUGGUCCGCCUUCAAGCUGAAAAGGCAGAUCUGCUGGGCAUUGUGUCUGAAUUACAGCUCAAGCUGAACUCAGGCGGCUCCUCUGAAGACUCCUUUGUUGAAAUUAGGAUGGCUGAAGGAGGAGCAGAUGUGGCAAUGCAAGAAAUCAAGAGGAGUCCUGGGCCCACAAGAACUGAUGCUACCGACAAGAGCCGACCUGCAGAAGGUGCCAGGAAUUAUUUGGAAUCUGAGGAACUAACUGUGAGCCAGCUCCUGCUUUGUCUAAGGGAAGGAAACCAGAAGGUGGAGAGACUUGAAAAUGCACUCAAGGAAGCCACAAAAAGAGUUUCAGAUUUUGAAAAGAAAGCCAAUGAUCAUUCUGAGAUCGAGACCCAGACAGAGGGGAGCACAGAAAAAGAGAAAGAAGAGGAGAAAGACAGAGAAACUGUUGGAAGUGAGGUGGAAGCCUUGAACCUUCAGGUGACAACCUUGUUUAAGGAGCUUCAAGAGGCUCAUACAAAACUCAGUGAAGCUGAGCUAAUGAAGAAGAGGCUUCAAGAAAAAUGUCAGGCCCUUGAAAGGAAAAAUUCUGCAGCCCCAUCAGAGCUGAAUGAAAAGCAAGAGCUUAUUUACAAUAACAAAAAGUUAGAGCUACAAGUGGAAAGCAUGCGAUCGGAAAUCAAAAUGGAGCAGGCAAAAAGGGAAGACGAAAAGUCCAAAUUAGCCAUUCUACAGCUGACACACAACAAACUCCUUGAAGAAUACAGUCACGCACUGAAAACAGUUGAAGACCUAAAACAGAGAGAGUCAGAAAAAGUGGAUAAGGUGGUGCUGCAGGAACUAAAUGAAAAACUGGAACUGGCAGAGAAGGCGCUGGCUUCCAAGCAGCUUCAGAUGGAUGAGAUGAAGCAGACCAUUGCCAAGCAGGAGGAGGACCUGGAAACCAUGACAGUUCUUAGGGCGCAGAUGGAGGUUUACUGUUCGGACUUUCAUGCUGAAAGAGCAGCAAGAGAGAAGAUACAUGAAGAAAAGGAGCAGCUCGCAUUGCAGCUGGCAAUUUUGCUGAAAGACAAUAAUGUUUUUGAAGAUGGAGACAGGCAGUCCUUGAUGGAAAUGCAGAGCCGUCAUGGGGCCAGAACCAGUGACCCCGACCAGCAGGAUUACCUUGUUCAAAGAGGAGCUGAGGAUAAUAACUGGCGGCAACAGCAACAGCAGAAUAUGCCAAUUCAUUCUUGCCCCAAAUGUGGAGAAGUUCUGCCCGACAUAGACACAUUACAAAUUCAUGUCAUGGACUGCAUCAUUUAAGUGUUGACAUCUCGCCUCCUCCAAACUGUUGUUAAAUGUCAGAUUUCUUUCCUCCGAGAGUCUUACUUUUGUGUUAUUAAUGUUUUCACUCAAAUAUUUUGGCUCAUUAUGUUUGUUUUAGGAGAAAGGAAAUCAAUAUGUUCCAUGUAGGACAUUUUUUGUGUGUGGAUUUCCAUAAAUUCACAAAAUAGAAUUCUUAACAUACCUUUUUCUGAUAAUAGAUUGAUUUUUAAAACUGUUUUUUAUGUGAGCACUGACCUGUUCAUGCAGUUAAUGAUCAUGUGACAUCAUGGGACACAGUAAGGGUAAUUAGAUGGAAGAAGUACUGCUGAGAAAUUUUAGGAACCUUCUAAGGAGGCAGGAAUUUGAAGUGGCCACAGCUUUCUUCAAGAAAAAUGUCUCUGAAGUAUUUUUGAAAUAAAUUAUGUUGUUAUUUUUCUUCAUCCAUUUAAGACAAACCUAUUUGGGGUUGUGUGUAUAUGUGUACUAUUUUUUUGCAGCCACAGUAAUUGUACCAAAGUUAUGAUAUGGCUGUUCACAUAUGAACACUGUGAACAUUUACUGGAUCAUCAGGACAAAGAAAAAAAUUUUGAUAUAGACGAAAUAGAUACAUUAGGUUCACUGGAUUUGCUAUAACUACAGUGGCAAAGAAGUUAUUUUGUUUUUUUCAUUUGUGCUGUAGGUAUGUGGGCUUGUACAGUAGAAGUUCAUUCACUUCUAAAAGGAACCACUGUUCAUUCAUUCUCUUUUUAGAUCAGACUAUAAGGUCAUAAUCACAAGAAUAGUUAUUGCAAAGUAAAAUUUUGCUUAUAAAUCUUUCACACUGUUCAUAUGUUACUGGCUAAUAUCAUAGGAUGCAUUUUCUGGAUUCAGCUUCACAUAAGCUUAUUACUUGUUAACUCUAUGAAUAUGAGCAAAUCCCUUUACUAGAGACAAAUAUGUGCUGUUUGAAUUACAAAUUGUUUUUGCUACAGAGGUAAAAAGAGGGAUGCGCCAUGUUUCAUAAACCUACAGUUAUUAGUAACACUGGGCCAGCCAUAAAAGUAAAGAAUGACCUUAUGCAUCUAGAACCUAAAACAUUUAAGAGAAAAUUAAAAUAAUCUCCUCUGUUUGGCUCUGUCAUUAGACAAACUUGAUUUAAUACAUACAUAUACACACACAAAUGGAAUCAAACAGGAAUCAAAAUAGUUAAUUAUAUCUUUACACUGUGAAAAUUCAACAGUAACUUAGAUUAAAAGGCUUUCCUGCCCUGGCUGGUGUGGCUCAGUGGAUUUAGC